AUGGGUUCUAUCUGCAGCUCACUAAAAGAUUGCAUCAUUGCUGGAAAACGGAAGCUUCGAGUGGUUCUUGGUGCACAUUCUCUUUCGGGAUAUGAGUCGAGUAAACAAAUAUUUCAUAUCAAGAGACAGAUUCCCCAUCCAGAAUUCCGUGGUAAUACUAUGGAAAAUGACAUCAUGCUGCUGGAACUGGAGAAUAAUGCAAUGAUCAACAAUGAUGUGGAUGUGCUCAAACUACCUGGAGGAAUGGCCGAUGAUCUGAAGCCUGGAACUUCCUGCUUAGUUGCAGGAUGGGGAAAAACAAGUAAUGGAUUUCCAUCUGACACACUUCAAGAGGUGACAAUAGAAGUAAUAGAUCGUAAAACAUGCAACAGCGAGGACUAUUACAAUCACAAACCUGAAGUAACCCAGAACAUGAUCUGUGCAGGUGACAGUGAAGGCAGAGGAGAUUCGUGCCAGGGUGAUUCAGGUGGUCCUUUGCUUUGCAAUGGAAAGUACGUCGGGAUUGUGUCCUUUGGCAUAGGAUGUGCAGAUCCCAAAAAGCCUGGAGUUUACACUUUUGUUUCUGAUAAAUACCUUUGUUGGAUUUGGAAAACCAUUGCCAUGCAGGCUUACAAUAUGACCGAUGGAGGGCUGUGUUGAGUAAUCAGCGCGCUACUUCACUUGCUUUACUACCUAUGAUGCUCAAUCAAUUUGCUUAGAUAACCAGCAUGCUUCCAUCUAUAUCUCGAGUACAUUGUGUAACAUUUUACCACAAAAUGCAAUAAAAACUAGAAUU